AUGGAUGCUUCUCAGAACGACAUGGUCGCGGAGUUCAGCGCCAUAACAGGCGCGAAUCCGAGUGUCGUACGUGGAGCCGUUGAAGUAUCUAUCGCGUGGAAACCCGUACUAAGUCUUUAUCCCAGGCGCAAACGGCACUCGCUUCUGCCAACUGGAACCUCGGGGAAGCCGUCGGUCUCUACUUCGCCGCCAACGACGAGCAGCCAGAAGACGAAGACGACGACGCCGACGGCGCACCAUCCCAACCCACCUCUUCACAGCCAGCCGCCUCGUCGUCCUCAAGUAAGAACCAGCGAGGUGCCGCGGGAGGCCAGCCCAAGAAGAUGAAAACCCUCCGCGACCUCCAGGCCGGCGGAGACGACGAUGAAGACGAGGAAGAGCGGAAGAAGCACGACAUGUUCGCUGGCGGCGAGAAGAGUGGGCUCGCGGUGCAGAAUCCGGACGGAGAUAAGCCCAUCGAUCACUUCCGCAACAUCAUGAACCAGGCCCGUCAGAACCGAGAUCGCCCGGGUGCGACGGGCGAGGAGGAGGAAGAGGAGCCAGGAUCUAGCCACUUCAUCGGACGUGCACAGACGCUGGGAGGGGAUGAUGCACCAAGCGAGGUCGUAGAGGAUCCCCGCGCUGUCAUGCCUCAGCGCCAGAGACUGCCUCGUGUAACUAGGACAUUGCACCUGUGGGCGGACGGCGUCAGCAUCGACGAUGGACCGCUGUAUCGUUUUGAUGACCCUCAAAACGAGCACAUCAUGCAGGAGAUCAACCAGGGCCGAGCGCCAAAGGCGUUGCUUGACGUGCAGCCAGACCAGGAAGUUGAUCUCAAUCUGGAGCCGCACAAGGGCGAGAACUAUGUCACGCCGAAGCCCAAGUACAAACCGUUCGGAGGUUCAGGUCAGCGACUUGGCUCGCCAACUCCAGGCCUCGCAUCUUCUUCAUCUGCAGCCGCUUCGUCCUCCGCCGCGCCUGCUGCCGCACCUGCAUCAUCGUCAAGCAGCACACUUCCGGUCAACGUCGACGAGUCGCAGCCAACGGUUCAGCUUCGCGUGACACUCGGCGACGGCACCCGCUUGACUUCGCGCUUCAACACGACGCAUACGAUCGGAGAUGUCUACUCGUUCGUCGAGCGCGCCUCGCCCGCCUCACAGCAGCGAGCAUACGUUCUGCAGACCACCUUCCCUCCUAAAGAGUUCUCCGACAAGACACAAACGCUCGGAGACAUCUCUGACUUCAAGCGCGGCGGAGUCCUGGUGCAGAAGUGGAAAUAA